CGUGGGUGAAGAUAUCAUCUUCGCAUCCGAGGCCCUCUCUCUCCUUUGUUCUUCCAUACAAGUGAAGACGGCUUUCUCGUUUGAAGAGUGCUGGUACACGCUCGAUCUUCGCUUUCGUUUUCCUGGUCGGUCUUCUUGGCUCGCUUCGUUCUCUUUGGGCUUAUAGUAUCUGCUUGUACAACACGAUAUAUACACCUCGCAUCCUCCUUGUACUGCUUCACUUCCGCCCACUCUACUGUCUCCCUUGUUCUUGACUUGGAAAACUAUCACGCGUGGUUUACUCCUACGCAUUCCGAUCGAAACCAACCUGAAGCCAUUCAGACCUCCGACAUUCGCAGGUUAUCAUGUCGUCCAUGGUGGCUAACAGCGGGCACUCUUACAUCGGAUACACGCGUUCUAUAUCCCCCUACUCUACCUAUCGCAGUUCCGUCUCUUCAGACGCGACUGUACGCGGCCGAGGUUCGUCUCCAACAAAGUCCAUCAAUGACUCGGGUCAUGGACACGGCCCGCUCGAGAAAACGUUUCCACCAAUCCACAUCCAUCCGCCCUCGACUACCCUAGCUCCGAUAAACACUUACAUAACCACCCCCAUCUCCGACUCUCCUCUCACCGAUUCACCGCCACAAACUCCCACCUAUCCUGCAUAUCAUCACCACCACCAGCACCUCCAUCGUUCGCCGCCAAACGAUGUUCCUGGCUCGGCGCCUCCCACGGCUGCGUCCGAACAUAGGUGGUCAGACAUCGUACCGCCUCAGACCGCUCUCACUUUCGCUGCGGUCUACGAUCCCUCCGAGGGACUCAUCACGUUCUCGGGUGCUGAGCUACUUCCGUCAUCAUCAUCAUCGUCAUCAUCAUCUUCCUCGUCAUCGUCGCUCUCAUCAUCAUGUUCACGUUCCCCGACUCCUGCGACCAUAGGCCACGUACCGUACAACUCCUCAUGCGCCCCUUCGCUCCUCAACUCCUUCCCACCUUUUCCUUCGGACGGACAGAGUCAAGUCUUGACCAUCGACAGGAUCGGGUCCGUCUUCGGCAUGGGAGGGAAUGGGAUGAUCACUCCAGCGUUGAGUACGGCGCAGUUCACGACGUCGGACGGGAUGGCGGACAUGAAGAGUAUGCUGGAGACGUACUUCCGGUCGGGGACGAAGCAGCAGCUUUUGGCGGAACAGUACCUUCGGCCAAUGGGUAGCGGGGAAUCGAAUGCGCGCGCUUCGAGCGCAUUAGAGGGUCCGAUUUAUGAGGCGUUGACGAACAUGAAUCGACAUGUCAGGGUGAGAACAUGUGCGGAUGAGGAUGAGGACCAGGGUGCGAGGAGCAGGGAUGGAAGUGAUAUGUUUACGUGGAGUUGGCUGGAUAAGUUGGGUGAUCAGUUGAUGUUGAACCCGUCGUUCGACGCAAGGCCGUAUGGGGAGGAGGAGAACCGAAGAGUGGAUAGUGGGUAUGCGGGAGAGCAGGAAGAAUAUCUCGCGUCGCAGAGGCAAGCAUUGGAUAGUGCGAGGCGGGCGCAGAUCAAUAGGUUGAGGGGCGCGAGGAGACAGGACAUGCAGAAGGGAUUCACGCUCGAAGAACUGAUGGCGGAAGAUGACGGAGAGCCUAUUGAUCCAAACGAGUUCUCUCGAUUCUCGGUUACGACUACCUCCACAUCAGACUACGUCGACGUCGGCCUCCCUAUCAGCCCCUCUUGCUGUUCAGCCUGGUCGACCCUCGAAGCUCCCGACCAUGGGUCCUACACAGACUAUACUGUGCGACAUCAUCACACCCAAGCCUGCAACACACGUACAACACAUGCUCUACACUCCGCCAACACCAACACUCCUCCCCGCAACAGGCUCCAGAAGAAGAAGAAUCUCGACGUUCCCUCCAGCACCCGCCCUGCCAAACCCGAGGAAGUAUUAGCGAGGAUAGAAUACAACCACGAGUCUCCCAUCCUCCCUUGCUCCUCUCUGUACGAGAAGUAUCGUACCCUGCCCACACUUCCUUCCCCGCUUCGUCCAAAGGAACGACCUCUUCCGAAGCGUCCUCGGACGCCACCGCCACCGCCUCCCAGUAGUUUUCACCGCCCAGGAACCGCUCAAUCAAGCCCUAGCAGCGGUAAGAGCGGCAAAACCUACAAAUCCGCACCCGCAGGCCCCGUUCGCUCUGCCUCUACGUUCGCGUCCACAUCUCCAACUUCGUCUCCCUCCAAACCCAAGUCUAUCGCCUCCAACCACUGCCGCUUCACGCGCUCCAACUCCUCUCCCGUCGUCUCCCACUCCAGAUCCCAGUCCCACCCUCCCGUUCAUACGCGAUGGGGGAGCACGAACUCCGGUCAGGAGAAACCGAAGUCGAUUCAGACGAUCACGCGGAAGAAGAGUGUGAUAGAGAAAUUGGGGAGUAUCAAGAGGGAGCUGGUGGGAACGAAGGUGCCGAGGGACGAGAUGUGGGUGUGUGUGGAUGUGAGGUGUGAAGUCACGCAGAGGGAUGUUGCGGUGAAGAAUUGAACGUACUUCGUGGGCAGUCUCCUGAUAUUGAAGAAGAAGAAUGAAGUUUUCUCGGUCUGCACCUCUUACUCUUGGACAACUUUCUUGGAAUAAGGUCGGACUGUUGUAUGAUAAAUAAACUGGUCUGAGUUCGUCUUCGUCUUUCUGGCUCUCACUCACUUUGACGCCUUGCCACACUCUUUGUCCUUCUAAUUCCUUUUCCCACUUCUUUCUGGGCUGUGGUUUUGUUCUCUGCCAGGCAUACCUACCUCGGCGUUUCCUGUCGUACGAUUUCUGUACUACGGUAUACAUCUCCGUCGCUCCGCAUUCACGACUCCCUACGCCCGCGGACAUUCUACAAAACUCGUCCUCUCCACGCACAAAAUCUACGACUAUAACGAUCCGUCUGCUUCACUCGCAGCCUUAGACUCGGCUUCUUC